UUACAAAAUGGGAAUUCAGUUGGAUAGAGCUCUUGAUGAAGUCAUCAAGGAACGUACAUACGAAAGAUCUGGUGGAAACAGAAACCAAGAUAGAUUUUCGUCUGGCGGUAUCCGCAAAAGAACUGCCGGUCCUGGUUCUUCACGCAUCGUACAAUCGUUUGUUCGAACUGUUCAAUUAAGAGACAGCCCCUCUAGCAACGACCGGACCGUCAACCAGCAGUGGAAACACGAUCUCUUUGAAGACAAUCGCUCUAAUGGUUAUAGCAAUAACGAAAAUAGAUCCAUUACGUCUCGGUUAGGUGGAAAUUCUGCUGCAAGAUCAGUAGAAAGUAAUGAGAUUACUAUUGAGAAUCUUCACUACAACGUUACGGAGGCCGAUCUCCAAGAAUUGUUCAGAGCAGUUGGUCAGGUUGAACGUACACGUAUUCAAUUUGAUCGCUCUGGCAGAUCUACAGGUACAGCCACUAUUCGUUUCUCCAACAGCGCAGACACGCAUAAGGCUAUUGAAAAAUAUAACAACCUUGAGCUCGAUGGUCAAGCAAUGCAUAUUGUGAUUGCACCACUACGCACUAGCCGCCCCAAAGUCUCAAAUGGACGCCAGAAUUUCCGAAGCUACACAACCGAUCGUGGAGACCGUAAUAAUCGUGGAGACAGGAAUGACCACGGCCGUGGAGGACGCGGGGGACGUGGAGGACGUGGAGGACGUGGAGACGGUAACCGCGGAGGGCGCGGAGAAAACAGUCGAGGUGCCAGAGGCGAGGGCCAAAGAAAGGCUAAGAGCGCAACAGAGCUUGAUGAAGAAAUGGAGGCUUAUAUGAAGACAACAGAAAAGACCAUUAACGAAGAUGUCGAUAUGGCUUUGGACUAAAGCGAGAGAAAGAAAAAAAAUAAUACAGCCAUGGGCCUUGGCUGCCUUACAUGAAAUCAUUGGUGUAACCUGCUCAAUCACAUUCUGUUGCUUACCAGUGUGCUUUUUUUUUUUACAAAUGCUCUUUUUGUCAUUUGAUUAAACUUCAUGUUAUCGGCUCAUUC